GGCGGCAAUGUGGUCACUUGGCUUUUUGACUAACGCAGCUCCUUCUGUUACUUAUCCAGUGGUCUGGCACUACAGUAGCUAACUACAGUAUGUCAAAGCAGACAUGUGCUCUGUCCUAUGCCAUAAAAGACAACAAAAGGUGUGCAGUCUAUGUAACAGCAUAGAAGAAACAACCAGGAAUACAGCAAACAUCUAGAAAGCUGUUUCUGUGCAUUUCCUUAAUAGAGGCUGUUCUGUUUCAUGAGAGCUCAGAGGGAAUACGGAGAUUCUGCUGCUAUUUCUAGUGUGUGUUUUUCUGGACUGAAAAGACCAGAUCCACAGUCUAUAGCCAGCAACUUUCUGCUGUGUGAAACGAGUGUGCUGCAAUCCAGAUACAAUGUCUGCGCCAAGUGGCAUCCCUGUCCCAUCUGCACCACCUUCUUAUGAGGAAACAACGGGACUCAAUGUGAACUAUCCUCAGCCCUAUCCUACCCCAGAACAUGGCCAGAAACCAGAUGGGAAAAGAAUGAACCCUUCCCCAUACACGGGACAGCCUUCACCAAUGCAUAACCCCAUUACAGUUCAGACAGUGUAUGUGCAGCAACCAGUAGCAUUUUGUGACCGCCCAGUUCAGAUGUGCUGCCCUUCCUGCAACCAGAUGAUAGUGACACGUCUCUCGUAUGACUCAGGAGCUUUGACUUGGCUGUCAUGUGGUGGCCUCUUCCUGUUGGGGUGUGUAGCUGGCUGCUGCUUAAUUCCCUUCUGCAUUGAUGCCCUAAAGGAUGUGGAUCAUACCUGUCCAAACUGCAGUACUCUUCUUGGAUCUUAUAAACGUUUAUAGGCAGUGUUUAAACAUUGAUAAUUGAUUGAAGUUGGUUAGGACCUCUACAAGCCCUUUUUGAAGCUUCUUAGAGACUUCUGGUUGUUUCUGUGCAUCCUGUCACUGGAAACCAAUCAAAAGUAAUGUUUAUUGCUAGAUUGUUUGAGUAAGAAUUUGCUUGAGGGGAUUCCGACUUAAGUCUAUAAAAACUAUAUUUAAUCUUUAAGGGCCACUCAGUGCAGAAGCAGUUGAUGGCAACUAUGUUUUCUCUUCUGCUUUAUGUAGAACAGGUUCAUGAUGUUCUUCAGUUAAUCAAUCUCACUUCAACUAUGCUGCAAACUGGUGUGCUUGCUUAUGGUCAGCUCAGACAGGGAGGAGAACAUCUAUGGAGAACUAGAUAGUCUAAUGCUUGGUGCUGAUGCUUUUGUAACAGCACCUUUUGCAAACUGUCAGGGAGCCGUUUGCCUCUAGAACAAGUGCCCCUCUUUGACAAAAGAAGCGAUUUGUUGGCAUCUGUUCAUGAGCACUAAAAUUUGCUUUAAAACUUUCUUAGUUGAAAGAGAACCAAACCUAGAGACUUCAUGCUUUUUGGAGGCUACUUUACCAAAUGGGACAACUCAGGUUAUCAUGUGUUAAUGGUGAUUCAACCUAUUACCUGUAUUUCCUUUCCAGUUUCAAUUCUAGUCAUACCUCUACAGUUAAAGAUGUUCAUGCAGGAAUUAUUAAUAGGUACUUGUGGUUUUUCGAUUGGUUGGGAUUUUUUUACUGCUGAUCUUGAUGUCUGUCAAGUGUUCUCUUUGCUCCACCCCAGUGAAAGUGCCCAUACUGCCAUAGUUAUAGCCUUGGAAGACUUCCUUAUACAUUUACACAAGUCAACUGAUAAGCAUAAACAAACCUCAGCCUUAUCUUAAGGCUUAAAUCCCACCUGCAAGACACAGAUUCAGGACCUGAGGUUUUAAUUGUUGAUCUGUUUGUUAAUUACUGUUUCUUCAUUAAGAAGGUAACAUGAUUGUUAAGGAGUUUCUCUGAUUAUUUAGGUGUGUACUGUGAUUUUUCUACAUGAAAUAAGUUCUAUUUUCAGAGGCUUAAGCUGGAUAUGCUUAUUUAAGACAGUGAUCACAAAUAAGUUAGGGAAUGUUGAUCUUAAGGUUGAAGUAUUUUACUCUGUCAUAAGCAGUGGACUUGGUCUGAAUAAAAUUUUGAUCCAUUUGAAUGAUAUCUGUCUAGAAGAGAUGGGUGUUUAUACAAGGCUGUGAUGCACUGUAUUAAUCUCUGUAAAAGCUAAAAUAAAGAUUAAAAAAUACUGCUUUUGCCAAA